AUGCCAGACCUGAAACAGGACAACUCCCCCAACCUUCCAGGCACAGUGUCUGCCAGCGCGGGGGACCAAAGAAACCGAGUUAGCCAGGAUUCAACAAGAAGUAAGGAAUCCUCUGCUCCCCAGCUCGAAGGCGCAAUAGAGGAGUUGAGGAACAGACUCGCCAAGCUGGAGAUCCAGGAGGGCCAACGGGCCCCAGCUGGAAAGUCCAGAAACCGUAAAGCACGCAGCGAGAGCCUAUUCUCGACUGUUCUGAGAGGGAUGAGCAAGGAGCCAGCGAAGGCCAACGACCCGGAUAAUGCUCAAAAAGCUUCUGGUGUCGUUGCUAAAAAUGGGCGGUCUGUGAACAAGCAUGUGCUGGAGUUCGAAAGCAUCUUGCUUUUGAUUGGGCUGCCAAAAGACCAGGAACGAGUCGCGCUGCUAUGGCAGAGCUUCAACAACAAGAUUCAGAGAGAGCUGUACCGGCUUGAACUUGACCCCGAAAAAAGCAAGUGGAAAAGAGUGGUACGCACCGCUGAGCGCGUUGAGCGCUUCCUGAACCUUGAAGCCAGUCGAAAGAGCAGCGGCCAGACCCAGCCGCCCAAGACGGUGACAGCAGAUAGAGGCGCUGGAGCAACGCCAAGGACAAGAUUCCCUCCCCGGAGGUACCGUGUGCAGAUGAGAACAGCGGCGGUUGGGUUGAGCAAUCCGAAGUCGAAGGGGGAUCCUCGGAACACAACACCUGUAUCCCACAUAGCUUGGCCACCAGAGAGACCCUGGGAGAGGAAGCUAUUGCCUCAAAAGAAAAGCGAGCUGCUUGCGAAAGGGCUGUGCCUGCAGUGCGAGGAAUCAGGGCAUAUAGCCAGGAACUGCCCAAGACUUACCUCGAUGAGGUCCGACAGCAAAGGUAAACCACCUGGGCUCAAGUCCCACGCAGUAGGCCUGGGAUCGUCUUCCCUGCAGGAUACCACCGAGGUACUGGAGUCGUUUAGCGUGAGUCCCGCCGGGCUGGAGGAAGUUGGCGACAGCGAGGUUCUCGAGAACCUGCCCGGGCAGGAUGAACUUGGGGGCCUGAGUUUGCUAAUGUCCCAGCUGUCCUUGGAGCCCUGCCCGGUGGGCAACCUGGCUGCGCAGUUUGCCGCCUUGGCACUGGAGAACUGUCAGCCCUUCCCCAGCAACGACCAACCUCCUUCACGAGGUAGGUUCUGGCUGUACGACAUUGGGGACGGCAGGCACCACAUCGCGGACACCAAAACUCCGCUGGCCUUCGACGACAUAAAACAAUGCACUGUGCGAAGGGAGUGCUUGCUGGAUCCUAAGUUCCAAAUCGGGGCUUACUGGGCGCAAAAGUGCCUUGCAGAGCUAGGUCAGACAGACAAGGAUCUGCUGAGGCAGGAGCCCUUUGCAGUGGAGCUCAGGGACGCGCCGCUUGCCAUGACGCUGAUUAAGCUGGAGGAGAUGGAGCAGGAAGAAGGCAGGGGCAUGGGCAUGGGACCGUCCUUCUUGGUCAGCAACUGUGUAAACAGCAAAUAUAGAUUUUUGCACCAGGCUCAGUCCAGUCAGUAUGGUCUGGGACCCUAA